AUGGAUCAAGUAACAAAAGUAUUGGAACCCGGACGCCAGUUUUCCAAAGACUCGGUUAGGCUGGUGAAAAGAUGCACUAAACCCGACAGAAAAGAGUUUCAAAAAAUUGCAAUUGCUACAGCCAUAGGUUUUUGCAUUAUGGGUUUCAUUGGUUUCUUUGUCAAACUUAUACACAUACCCAUCAACAACAUCAUUGUGUAA